AUGCCACCUUGGCCAGCCCACUCGGCUCCAAGCUCCACCCUUGCCCCGCCUGCUAGCCCAGCCAUAAAAAAGGGUGCUCAUGUCUUGCUGCAGGAGGACGCUGGUGCCAACAGCAUGAAGCUGAACUUCAGUGGCCUGAGGGCCCUGGUGACAGGGGCAGGGAAAGGGCCCUUGUCCCAACCAUAUUUCCUCUCUGCAGGGAUUGGGCGCGACACUGUUAAAGCCCUGCAUGCCUCGGGAGCCAAAGUAGUUGCCGUGACUCGUACCAACGCAGACUUGCUCAGCCUUGCCAAAGAGUGUCCCGGGAUAGAGCCUGUGUGUGUGGACCUGGGUGACUGGGAGGCCACAGAGAAGGCGCUGGGCGGCAUCGGCCCUGUGGACCUGCUGGUCAACAAUGCGGCCCUGGUUAUCAUGCAGCCCUUCCUGGAAAUUACCAAGGAGGCCUUCGACAGGUCCUUCAAUGUCAAUCUUCGUGCCGUGUUUCAGGUGUCCCAGAUGGUAGCCAGGGACAUGAUCAACCGUGGAGUGGCGGGGUCCAUUGUCAAUGUCUCCAGCAUGGUGGCCCAUGUCACCUUUCCUCAGUUGAUAACUUACAGCUCCACCAAGGGCGCCAUGACAAUGCUGACCAAGGCCAUGGCCAUGGAGCUGGGGCCACACAAGAUCCGGGUAAACUCCGUGAACCCCACUGUGGUGCUGACUGACAUGGGCAAGAAAGUCUCUGCAGACCCCGAGUUUGCCAGGAAACUUAAGGAACGCCACCCGCUGAGGAAGUUCGCAGAGGUGGAGGACGUGGUCAACAGCAUCCUCUUCCUGCUCAGCGACAGCAGCGCCUCCACCAGCGGCUCUGGCAUCCUCGUGGAUGCUGGUUACCUGGCUUCCUAGACUGCCCAGAUGCUGUGGACCCUGGAGGCCUGUCUGUCAAAGCUUCUACCGAUCUCAUGACCCCGCCCCCAGGGCACAGCCCCGCCCUCCACACAGCUCACGGCUCCGCCCCCAUGUUAUUGUUCGACCCCAGAACCUCUCCAAGCUCAGCACCUUGGACUUCUGUCCUCUUUGUCUGCUUUGCUGUCCUCAUUCGCCUAAAUAAAUGUGCCACCAUGUUCCCGAA